CGCCCACGAGAGGCGAGGCGAGGCACCUCACCACCUGCCCACCUCUCUCCCCCCCCUUCGUUCGUCUUCUUCCUCUCACUUUUGGUUUUCUUCGAUCGAUCUACUAGAUAGAUAGACACAGACCAAGGAAGAAAGGAAAGGAGAGAGAGGGAGAGGCAAGGCAACACGAGUGUGACGAGAGCGAUCAUCUCAUCAUCCCCCACCCCCUCCCCACCCUCCUCCUACCUCGAGACGCUGAGAUCGAGAUCGAUCACGCACCGGAGGAGCACUCACUUGCAGAUCCUUCGCCUCGCCUUCAGGGUGGUGGUGGUGGAGAUUGAUCGUUGCUGCUUAUUUUUCAAUUAAUUAUUAGGGUAGGAAGAGGAGCGAACCAGUGCUCCCACAAAAAAAAAAAAAUCCCUAGGAUUCAUGCGAAAUGCCACCUGAAUAUGGAAUGCCUACUAGAACUGCUGCUGAUGCUGUUGUAAAUAGGAGGCCUCGUCGCCUGUUUGGGAGAUCAUCAGAGAGGAAGAACCCACUCAACCUUCAGUUUGAGCGUCAAGUAGCUCGUCUCGAGGCACGGCAGCAACAACAGAGGUGUAUUAUUGUGACAGUUAUUCCCUUCAAUUUCUGUUACGACUUCAAAUCACCAUCACUUACCGAGAGUGCAAGUGAUGAUCCUUCAUCUCAACCUACAUCUCCAGAAGAGAGCCCUGAGACUUCAUCCUUGUCACCAUCCUCCCCAUCGAUUCUGUUCCUGCACCUUAAUGCUCAAGAUGGAUCUCACAGAAGAUGGCUGGAUAAUUCAUCAAGGCUACUGGAAGAUAAGCCCACAACAUCCAAUAGCAUGUCUGAUUCAGAUUUCUUAGUCAACAGCUUUACCAAGCCAAGUGAUAAUGCAAGACAUUCAUCAAGAAGGAAGAGCAAAAAGAAAAGCAAGAAGCACAGGCAACGCUGUAGGAAGCCGACUGAUGGAUCUGAAGCUAAAUUCAGAGAGAGCAAUGGCGCUGUCCCUGCAGUUGAUGUUGGCGACUGUGAAGAUUCGACACUUUCGCCUAAGCGUGUUGGUGACAUACGCUUUGAGGAAACUUCUCCCAGUUCUUCUGUCAAGGAAAUUUCUGAAGAGGCUCCUGAGAGUGAUAAUGAUGAUGGGUACCGUUGCUGCUCAGGUGGUUCAGUUUCGAGUGCGUCCUACUGUGAUGAGAUGGAACUGUCUAGAUCAGCAGCUUUGUGCCCUGCAUUGUGUGGACAAUGUGAUAGCAGUAGCUUCAGGCAUUUGGACAAUACUCAAAAUUCUGUAUGUACAGGUUCAUCUCAAGAAACUUGCUAUGCUGGCAGUAGUGUGAACUGUAACAAUGAUGCCAAGGCUCUGUUUAUAUUCAGAAAUGAACGUGGACCUGAUCCAUGUGAAGAGACAGAGUUUUCCAGCUCUAACAGUGGAUUUGAUGAGAAUUGGCUAGAGAAGUCUGAUUAUGAUAGUGGCAUUUGUUCCCCAAAGAGUGUUGGUACAUGUGGUGGAGUCCAGGCAGCCCACUUGUGCAGCGACACAAGCAGUGACAAUGAUUUCUGUCUUGUAAUAUCUAGAAAGAGAGCCAGAAAAGAGAAGAAAAUGUCAUUGUGGAAGAGUUAUGGAGAGCAUGCAUCCACAUUUACACAUGAUCGAAAUAAAAAAUAUGUUGGCUGUUCUUCAACGCAGAUGACCAAGGAAGUCAACAGUAAUGACUGUUCCCAUAGACAAAAUCAUGUUGGCAGGAUACACCCUCAGCUUGGAAUUGCACUGAAAAACUCCAAGAGUUUCAAGCAGAGGCCAAGCAAUGUUUGCAGGGAGACCCAAUAUGGAAUUCCAGCUAAAGAUUCCAAGUUAGGAGCAAGUCUCAAUCAUUUUACAGGUCCAGGAGAAAAAACUUGUGGAAAAUCAACUACUGGUUUUGAUAAGACAGCACAGCAGCUUUAUUUGAACAGAGAACUAUCCAAUGCUCUUAACAGCAGAGAAUCAGUGCGUUGUGAGACGAGAUCAAUUUCCUCUUCAGAACCGACAACUCCGGAGUCUAAGGACAAUUGUACUUCAGAGUCUGGUGAAUCAACAGAUAUUACAAUAGGGGCUCUUCCCAUGCAGAAAAGAAGACUGCAGGAUUCAGUUCGUACUGAUGAUGCCAGCGAAACCAUUUCUGGGCGAUCAUCACCUAGGUCUGAGUCAUCGACAACUGAAUUAAUGGUUGGACAGAGCGCAGUUUCAUCUGUUGAAGGGAACCAUGGCUGUCAAGGGCUCUGUAACUCUAGAACACAUCUUGCUCAGAUGCUCAGGGUUGUAAAUGAUGCUUAUAAAGUUCAGGUUGCUGCAGAUGUUCUCCUUGCUGCUGGUUAUCCGAUUUCUGAUCUUGAGACAUUUAUAUACUCUGCAACUCCCGUUAUUGGUCGUGCACCUUGCAUGAUAAGCAGCACUUGUUCAUGGGACCAAGUAGUUAGCAACUCUGUUUGUCAGCAUGACAUCUCUAAUGUUUCUUUAAGGAGAAUAUGGGAGUGGUAUGAAGAGCCAGGGUGCUAUGGAUUGGAAGUAAAAGCUCUUAGCAAUCUCAGCUCGAAAACAUCUUGCAACAGCAGUUCAGAGUUCUUUGCAUACUUUGUACCUUAUCUAUCUGCUAUUCAGUUGUUUGGGUGGUCUAGGAAUAACAUGAAUCACAGUUUUGGUGUACAAGGGAAGGAAUUACUGAAAGCAUCAAAUACUGCAAGCUCUAUGAGCUCUCAUCAUGUGAACGCAAAGGUGCAUACACUGUUUGAGGAAAGUAAUGCAUCCUUGCCAGAGUCAUCUUUGGUUGUAGAAGAUCAUGGAGAACUCAUGUUUGAGUAUUUCGAAACAGAGCAACCUUCUUUUCGGCCUCCAUUAUUUGAAAAGAUCAAGGGGCUUGUUAGCGGUGCAAACGUUUCUGACCACCAGAUUUUUGGGGACCCUGGAAAACUGCAAAAUGCGAAAUUAUGUGAGCUGCAUCCAGCUUCCUGGUUCUGUGUGGCCUGGUAUCCUGUUUAUCGUGUGCCUCGUGGGAAUUUCCGUGCGGCAUUUCUUACUUACCAUUCGCUGGGAAAGUUGGUUCAUCAAAAAUGCUCUCUGGAUACGAAUGACGAGCAUACACGUGUAGUUUCACCAGUUGUUGGUCUCCAGAGUUACAAUGACAAGGGAGAACAGUGGUUUCAGCUGAGAUGCCCAGAUUUGAAGCAACUGCCAAGAGAAGAUUCUUCGAAAACCGAUCCUGCUGAAGUUCAUAAAGAGAGGCUGAGGACACUGAAGAUGGGUGCGUUGGCCAUGGCAAGAGCUGUUGUCCCAAAAGGAAUUGGGGAGUCUGUGAACCACCAUCCAGAUUACGAGUUCUUCUUGUCUCGGUGCACCUAGGCUUGGCGGUUGUGAUAUCAAGAACAGGGGCUGUUCUGCUUCCCUCCUGACUGUAGUGACAAUGAAAAAGAAAAGAAAAAGAGUAGUGACUAACCAGAGGCUGGCUAUGAUAUAGUUGAUCCAAGAGAGAAGAGUCUGGGGUGACACAUAUCACUGACUGUAUAGGAGAUAGAUUCAUAGAUUAGAUACUCUAACCUGAUACCGGAUUACAAAUGCAAACCAAGUUGGUGAGCAGUACCCUCCACGCGGGAUGGGUGCUUUUUUGGGGCUGGAGGCAAAGAUGAGAAGAUACUACAGAUGAGAUGACGCAGUGUUCGACGACUCUGCAGGUGUAGCUGCAGGUGUAGUGUUCAUUUUUGUACAGAGACAACACCAGAGGAGCAGCAAGAAAUUUGCUACCACAAUUGGCGCCUUUGUUAACUUCUGUUUACAUUUGCCUGGUUGGCUUUUCUUGUGGCUAGAUUGCUUGACAGUGCGUGAAUCAUGAUACUAUGCUGCUUCUGUGAAUCAUAAUACUCCGCUGCUUCUGUUUGAUGCCUCA